CGCUAUCCCAUAUCGUUCGACUCAGACUCGCGUCAGCUGUUGCUGUUGUUGGAAUACAUUGAGCGUAAUUCAACACUCGAGCAUUCAAUCGUUCUCUCUUGAUUCCUGUCCUAUACUGCCUGGAGACAGCUAUCAGGACCGCAUCCUCUCCAAUUCACAAGACAAUUCUGCCAGGUCCAUCACAACAACGAGCGACUCGGCCUCCCGUUUAACCUGUUUCCCUUCCUCCCCUUCCUCACCCACCAAGCCAUCUCCAGCAUGGCCAAUCCGCCACCUCCGAUGCCUACGGACCCCAACGACAUCCUCGUCAACCAACUGAACAAUAUCUCCCUCGUUGACGAGAUUUACAUGUCUCCACAGCCCUCUCAAUCCCCGGCGCAUGAAACAUUUGCCAACCUCAAUACCCCGUCCAACUCCCAAGGUCUCCUUACGACCAUGACGAUGAGUGGCAACAUCCCUUCUGCCAUCCCUGGACAGCAUCACAGCCACCACCACCACCACCAUCACAACCAAUCUCUUCACCAUGCUCCACACGCGCCACCGCCCGCUUCUGCUCAACUGAUCGGCAUGCAUUACCAGCCUGGUCCACCUGCACCUCCUCCUCUGCUGUCUCAAACAGACGACCAAUACAUGUUCCACAGCGCCCAUACCCUCGGGCCUCCAUUCUCACCUACAAAUCCAAAUAUCGGUGGACCAGCUGGUCUACCUUACUCUUAUGGCGGUCCUCCGCCGGACUUGCUAUCUCAGCAUCCCAACGGAGGCAUACCAGACAGUCCAUUCGGCGCUGCGCAUCUGGAUGCCGCUUUAAUCGCUGCUGCAGGCUUUUCCACCAACAAUCAGAUGGAUCAGCGACAAGGUUCAGGUGGACAUCAUCAGGCGCACUCACAGCAGCUUCUUCAUCAUGCAAUGUCUCAAAUCAAUGGGUCGAAUCAGACGCCUCACAAUGCCAAUGGAAUAUACCGAGUCAUCUCUGAUGGUAUUUUCAAUGGCACAGGUGGCAUGCUCUCACCUCAGCAGCAGCAGACCAGUAUCUACGGGAACCAAAUUCAGGGGUACUGGACGCCCCCAUAUUCGGAUAGCAAGAAGAAGUCUGGUCAGAACUCGUCUUAUGGACCUAUGGGUCGAGCCUCGCUCAGUCAUUCUCAAUCUGGACCUACGACGUACACUCCGCCACAUCGGACUGGUAACUUCCCCAGAUCCCCAGUGGGUUCAUUUGGUAGCGCAAGGGGAGGUCUCAAUCAUGGCUCUUUCAAUUCGUUCUCCACUAUCACUGGUCUCCGAAGUGGAGGUACUACUUCCUACAAUCCUCGAACGCCCACCAGUCCCAUCCGAAUGGGAAUCAAAUCGUCCUCCACCACGAGGCGGUCAAUCUUCGAAGCGCCACGAAGUGCGGUGCUCGAGGACUUCCGUCUCACCAAGAUGACCAAGAAGUGGUCACUGAAAGACAUUUACGGCCAUAUUGCAGAAUUCUCAGGUGACACCCAUGGGUCACGAUUCAUCCAGCAGAAGCUGGAGGAGUGCUCGUCGGACGAGCGACAGAAGAUGUUUGACGAGAUCUUGGCGAAUGCUUUUCAGCUCAUGACGGAUGUGUUUGGAAACUAUGUCAUUCAGAAGGUCUUUGAGCUUGGCGAUCAGAGGCAAAAGGCAGCACUAGCUAAGAAGAUGGAGGGAUCAAUCUACGAGCUGUCGAAUCAGAUGUACGGGUGCAGGGUCGUUCAGAAGGCUUUCCAGCAUGUUCUUCUCGAUCAGCGUGAGAAGCUCGUCGUAGAGCUCGAAGCAAACAUCUUGGACUGCGUCAAGUCGAGUAAUGCAAAUCACGUUGUACAGCUCUUGAUCCAGCUAGGCCCGCCCGCAUUUGUUACGUAUGCCUUCUUGGGACACAUUGAAGAACUUGCUGCUCAUCCGUAUGGAUGUCGCGUACUCCAAAAGACGUUUGAGAUGGACGAUGUGCCACACAAGCAGGCUCUCCUGGACGAGUUUGAGAGUGUGACGACCAAGCUGAUCGAAGAUCAAUUUGGGAACUAUGUCGUACAGAGUGUGAUUGAUACUGGGUCAGAAAGGGAUCGUCGAAAGGUCGUUGCGAAGAUGAAAGGACAGAUAGUAUGGCUGGCGAGACACAAGUUUGCCUCCAAUGUUUGUGAGAAGGCUGUCACCCGCUCGAGUGGACAAGACCUCCGAGAUCUCAUCACAGAGCUCAUUGACAUUCGACCUGAUGGGUCUAACAAUGUCCGCAUGUUAUUGCAAGAUGCUUUUGGGAAUUUCCCUCUGCAGACUGCCUUGCGAUGUGCUGAACCUGAUCAACGAGAUCUCCUGCUGUCCAUCAUUGUCCCUAUGCUUCCGUUAAUCAUCCACUCUCCCGUUGGCAAAAGACUUAGCGCUCGGAUUCAAACAUGGGAAGAAGAAGGGAUCAUCCCUCGCAUGGACAGUGGCAUGAUCGAAUACGCCACUACAAGGCUCAAUGAAGUCUCCCUCACCCCCUUUCAAAUCCGAACCACACCCACUACCGGCGGCGCCACUGUCGCGGCUACGGUAGUCGAUUCAAGCUCAGAGUCAGGAUACACGCCUACGAAAUCUGGAUCCUCGUCGACUGGCUUUACAUCGCCUACGAACCUCGGUGGGAAACCCGAAGAAAGAGGCAAUAGGACCUCAAAUUCGACGCCUGUCAGAGGCUGGAGGAAGGGUGAAUGGGCGGACCGAGGUCGUCGUGAAGGAGGAGGAGGAGGAGGAGGAGGAGGAGGAGGAGGAAGACGAUAUGGUCAAGGUCAAGGACCCAACGAUAUGGUCAGUUGGAGAUCCAUGGGACCUCGUGAAUGGGGUGAUGUUCGUUCUGGAUCAGGCACUACGGGAAUCGGCCGCAACUCUCGGUCGAGAUCCGGCGCCGGGAAACGUUUGCCUCGUGGAGACUAGGAGCCACACCAGGCUUUGGGGAUGGG